AUGGGCUGUAAUAACUCGAAAGUGGAGGAACAUACACACCAAGAACAAAACAAGAACAAGAUCGAACCAGUCAACGUCCCUGUCAAAGGGAAGUCAGUUUCGUCUUUGGACUCUAUUACUGCCAACAUUGUACGUAAAACCGAACAAACAGUACUGAUGCAGCUAAAGGAUGAAGGCGUUGUUCCCGUUAAAGGGGAAGGCGGAGUAGCCUUUGUGCUAAAUAUCGACGGCUUAUCCGAACCGGACCCGUUGUUUUCUACACUUCCCGGCGUUCCGGUGCAUAAUAGGGAUCAAUCCCAGUACGCCACAUACUCCCGAGAGGCUUUCCGGUCCAAAAGCCACGCCCCUCCUCGACGCCUUCCUCCAAUCAAUAGGUCAAAGGCAUCCAUUGACGCAAAGCUAGAACGAGCAAGACUAAACCGUGAGAGAAAGAUCGCUGAGAGAAAAGAGAAAUGGGCGAAGAAAUAUGCAAGAAUCGAAUCAACGAUGCAAAAGAAAUCUCAAAGCGUCGAAUAA